CUCAACCCUCUGUGUCCCCCCAACAAAGUUUUUCCCCUAACUCCUAUCAAAGACCUUGCCCGCUCUUCCACCAUCUUCGGAGCCUUUCCCAUCUUCUGCUCAUUAACCACCCACCGAUCUUCUAUGAGAGUCGUAUAGGUCCCUGAUCACACCCGCCAUCCCCGUCAUGCAUUUCAUCCGGCCUCAAUGGCUUACUCACUCGGCUGAGAAAAAGGCAUGUGAGGUGUACUCUUGUCACGUCUCCCCUGAUGGUGAACGGUUAGCGACUGGAGGUCUUGAUGGCAACGUUCGAAUCUGGUCCACCCGUGCUGUCUACGGCGCCGCCGAUGAAAGCGCCUCACGCCUUCCUAAACAACUGUGUUCUUUGUCCCAUCAUUCUGGUGCAGUUCUGACCGUCCGUUUUUCCGGCAACAACCGCUAUCUUGCUUCAGGUUCGGACGAUAAGAUUGUUCUAGUUUACGAACGAGACCUUUCAGCUGAUGUUGGAUGGUCCGCCGACUCUUCUGUACUGGUUUCCGUGGGGCUGGAUUCGAAGGUCAUCGUUUGGUCUGGGAGCACGUUUGAGAAGCUAAAGCGGAUUGACGUUCAUCAAUCUCAUGUCAAAGGACUCACCUUUGACCCCGCCAAUAAAUAUUUUGCCACGGCCAGUGACGACAGGAGCAUCAAGAUAUUUAGAUUCAAUUCUCCGGCAGCUAAUGCAACUGCGCACGACCAACAGACAAAUUUUACUGUCGAAACGUCGAUUACAACACCAUUCAAAGAGUCGCCAUUGACCACAUACUUUCGCCGUUGUUCAUGGUCCCCUGAUGGAUCUCACAUAGCAGCUGCUAAUGCAGUCAAUGGCCCUGUUAGCUCUGUCGCCAUAAUAAACCGUGGUAAUUGGGAUAGUGAGAUCAACCUGAUUGGCCAUGAGGGUCCCGUAGAAGUCUGCGCUUUUGCUCCAAGAAUGUUUUCGAAAACUCCCUUAACCCCAGGAACUCCACCAUCGACACCAGUUACUGUUAUUGCCUGCGCAGGUCAAGACAAGGCUUUGUCGAUUUGGAACACCUCUAAUCCCCGCCCUCUCAUAAUUGCUCAAGAUCUUGCCAUAAAGGCUAUUUCUGAUUUGACAUGGAGCCCGGAUGGGAGGACGUUAUUCGUUUGCUCUCUGGAUGGUUCAAUAAUAUGCAUUUGUUUUGAGGAUGGUGACCUUGGAUUUGUGCUUGGACUAGAAGAGAAUGAACGGAUCCUACAAAAGUUUGGUGCUGGCAGGAAAGGUGCGACCCUUCCUGAAGGAACGGAAAGUGUUAGACUAGAAGAAAUGGCCCGGGAUGGAGAGAGGAGAGAAGUGGAAGGGCGAAUGGGUGAGCUCAUGAUGGAUGGGAACGGUCAGGCAGGGGAUACACCGAUGUCCAACUCGGGUAGUACCGCGGGCCCUCAAUGGCAAAUGCAGCAGGUUCCCGAGGCAGAAAAGGCUACCAAUGCCCCAGAGCAGAAGGAGAAGCCAUACAAGCAAAAAGUUACACUGACCAAGGAUGGCAAAAAGAGGGUUGCUCCGUUGUUGGUUUCAACAGGUGGAGGCCAUCGUUCAAAUCUCCCGAAUGCACAUCUUCUACAAGCAUCUGCGAACAACAACUCAACUAUAAGCAACGACCCGAAGGCAAUCUUAGACCUCUCCAGGCCGUAUGAUGGGCUACCAAAAGGCGGAAUGCCCGCCCUCAUCUUCGGCAACAAGCGCAAGGCGCCCGUUCUAGAAGAAGGAGAGGAGGAAAACCCUCAGCAAAUUACCAACGGGAAGCGCAUCGCAGUCUUAGCUAGUGGGGGAUCGGGCAAACAGGGACCUGAAGAAACCCCGGAAUUCAUCAGGCCUGCCGUAAUCAAUCCAGCAUCUUCCAUUAGUCAAAUUAGACUAGGUGUUCCCAAAGUCCGGAAUAUCGUCUCGCGGGUUGUGGAUUCAAACGGCCUACCCUCGAGCAAUGUCCCUAAUGCUGCAGGCGGUACCAGUGCUGCAGGCGCACAAGCUUCUUCCUCAUCGGACGAUUAUACCUUUGAAGCUAGGAACCUCAGGAACGCAGGGGAGCCAACACGCCUAACUCUCUCAAGGCACGGCCAGAUUCUCUGGAUGGACUUUGUUCCUAAAGUUGCUUUACUUGUGACUGGGAAUAGUAAUUUUUGGUCCGUAGCUUGUGAAGAUGGAACCGUUCAUGUCUUUACGCCCGUUGGGAGGAGGUUAUUGAGCCCGCUCAUUCUCGAAGCUCAGCCAUGUUUCAUGGAGUGCAGAGGAUGGUGGCUGAUGUGCAUAACCUCUAUCGGGAUGGCUUAUGUUUGGAACCUCCAAACAAUGAAAGCCCCCCAUCCACCUGUAUCUCUAGCACCUAUUCUCGAUUCCUCAAACACCUACCAGAAACAGGACAGCCCUACCAAGGCUGAGGCGAUAACCGAAGCUGGUGUGAACUCUGAAGGAACCUUAAUAGUCUCCCUAACCAAUGGGGAUGGAUUUGCCUACUCAAGUGACAUGUACACAUGGCACAAACUCACGGAAGCCUGGUGGGCGAUCGGAUCGCAAUACUGGGAUUCCACGGGCGCCAUGCGGCCUGCACAGAAUUCUUCUGAUAACCCAACAGACCCCAAGAGCCCUGCCAUCUCUGCCGGUGUUAUCCCGCACCUUGAACGCCGGACAACGAACGAAGUCCUUCUCCACGGUCGCGGGCGCUUCCUCCAGCGGUUCGAAACUGCUGUGUCCUUGUCUCAUUUGGAGAACAGGAUGGCCGCGGCAGUGUUGCUUAAUGCUAAGGAUGACUUUAAAAAUUACUUGAUGAUGUACGCUCGCCGUAUCGCGGCGGAAGGGAUGAAGGCGAAGGUGGAGGAGCUGCUACGAGACAUGAUGGGCAAACAUCGCGACCUCCAGAGAAUUGCAGUUCCCUACGCCAGGCUCCUCGGAGUGAUGGAUGAAGAUGACAGCGAGGACGUCUAAUCUAAUCCUCCUCCCUCUAUCCCUCUCUCCUCUUCCUCUCAUCUACACCCUAAUGCGUUUCCCCUUACAUCCUUCAUUCUAUGAUAGUGCCAUGUAUCUCCUUUGUUCGGUCGGGAAUAAGCGCGGUCAUACAGUACGCUGGCUUUAAGUUUUUUUUUUCCUCCUACUUUCUUCCCCGUUGUGUUGUGUUUGUCUUUCCUAUUUGUAAUCGUUGGGUAGUAAAAUAAAGUAAAGGUAUGAUUGGUACAGUACGAUGUAGAGUGGAGCGAAUAAAAUGGUAUGAUACAAAAA